AUGAACUGGCAGGAGAUUCUGAACCUGCCGGUUUCGGGCCCAGGUAUCUACCAGCUGCUGGCUAUUGGCGACAGAUAUAUGGGCCGACAGUGGUUCCGCUACGACGGGUACGGCCGCGGCGCCAUCCAUCUGACAUGGAGCUACGCGGCACAUACGGCUGCAGCGCGGGCGCGGGCACAGCUGGUGGAGAUAAUGUCAGGGCUGUGAAAUAUAAGCUUUAUGGCCAAGGGAAAAUAUAAUUUCUGUUCUAG